UUUUCAGAGGACAAGUUUGCUUGGAGCACGUGCGUACAUGACGUAGUAACCUGCUCAAACCGCCCUCCUCCCUGACAUAAUCCAAAAUGGCAGCCACCAUUGGAAGACUGCUCAGGACCUCUGCGAGCGUUGCAGCAGGAGGGCUGAAUGUCACAGCAGCCUCUCGACAUGGAGCAUCAGGAGCUGUGAGAGCCCUCACCACUCCUGCACUUCAGAGAGCCUGUUUCUCUACCAGCACUUCCAGAUGGACUCCUGCUGUCACUCAGCCUGCUCCUGCUUUUAAAGCCACAGCUGUCCACAAUGGGGAGUUCAAGGAGAUGAGCCUCGCUGAUUUCAAGGGCAAAUACCUGGUCCUCUUCUUCUACCCACUGGAUUUCACCUUCGUGUGUCCGACGGAGAUCAUCUCAUUUAGCGACAAGGCCAACGAGUUCCACGACGUUAACUGUGAGGUGGUGGGUGUAUCUGUGGAUUCUCACUUCACCCACCUGGCCUGGAUCAACACUCCACGCAAGACUGGAGGUUUGGGCCACAUCCACAUCCCCCUGCUGUCCGACCUCAACAAGCAGAUCUCUAGAGACUACGGGGUGCUGCUGGAGGGUCCAGGCAUUGCACUGAGGGGCCUGUUCAUCAUUGAUCCAAAUGGUGUGGUGAAGCACAUGAGUGUGAACGACCUGCCAGUGGGCCGUUGCGUAGAAGAGACCCUCCGUUUGGUGAAGGCGUUCCAGUUUGUGGAGACCCACGGCGAGGUUUGUCCGGCCAGCUGGACCCCUAAUUCCCCAACGAUCAAACCAACUCCAGAUGGAUCCAAAGAGUACUUUGAAAAAGUCAACUGAAGAAGACAAAGUUGACAACUCUCACCUAGAGCAGUGAAUGAUACAAAUCAAUUGUAUUAGUUUACAGUUAAAGUUGCACGUACUUACAUGUAUCUGAAUACACUAGUAAAUCUAUUCUUAAUAAAUGACAGCUCUUUGUUUUUGA